ACGCAGAGGAAGCAAGGGCUCAAAUGAAUCAGUAAAUUAGAUUGCUUUAAUGAUGGAAACAUGUGCAGGUGGGAAUAAAGGAGACACUUCCAUUAUGAAUAAUGCAUGCCCUGUUCUGUCAGACUGACGGGCUCUGGAGCAGCACUAGUCAAAUCGUCUUGGCUGUGUGUGUUGAGUAGCUGAGACCUGUCUUAUCUUCACCUCAUAAUGCGCAGGCGUGAUCCUAUCUGAGCCUCGCAGGAAAAAAAAAAAAAAAAAAAAAAAAGCUGUUAUCAUCAGAACUAGGCGUCGUGUUCGCGCCGCUCUUCAUGUGGCGCUCAAUGCUAAGAUUUUUGGAUAUUUUGCAGAUCGUCUUCAAAGACAGCGGGGAAAUGAAGGUUUGCUCGCAGGCUGAUCUUUCCGAACAACACAGUCCAACCUGUGGAUAGUGCGGAGCGCGUCUGUGGCCACCGGCCAGUCUCCGCUAUCUGGGACGCUCUGCCGUCAGCCUGCUGUGCGCGUCUUUUUGCCGUUGGCUCCGGUCUGUGUCGGCGUGGGCAUCCGGUGUUCCGUUCGAGCCAAGCCGUGAGCAGGUAUUCAGUUUAUGAAUGGCACUGACAUGGAGGAAAUACCGUUUCAGAAAGUCAAAACCAGGCGGAAGAGAAGUCACUGUCCACCGGGCGUCCCUUUGACCACCAUCGUGUGCGAGGACGAGUUCGACUGCAAGGAACUCGAGUCCCUCUUCCAGAACUACAACCUGAAGCUGGAGCAGACGUCCACCCUCAAAGCCCUGGCCGUGCUCAUCUUCAUGUCCUCGACGCUGGCCGUGGUGGAGUUGCUGUCCGGCCCCAGCCUCACCAUCUCCAAGGGGUCCCAUCCGGUCCACUGUGUCAUCUUCGUGUCCCUGUUCAUCGUAACUAAUGUCAAGUACCUGCAAGUGACUCAGCUUCAACAGAUUGUCAACCUGACGCUGCUCUUCGGCUUCACUUUCUCCUUCCUCUGCUGCCCCUUCUCCCUGGGCGCGAUGGGCAUGGAGCCCCCGACGUCCCCCGAGCAGGGCAUGUGGCAGCUCAUCCUGGUCACCUUCGUCGCCUACGCGCUGCUACCUGUUCGGACGCUCUUGGCCGUUUUGUUGGGAAUAUUGGUGUCCAUCUCGCAUUUGAUUGUGACCGCCACCUCUGUCACGGUGAAAACCCAGAAACUCUGGAGAACGUUGGUUGCCAACACCGUGCUGUUCACCAGUGUCAACCUGUCGGGGCUGUUUGUGCGCAUCCUGACGGAACGAGCCCAGAGGAAGGCCUUCCUGCAGGCUCGCAACUGCAUCGAAGAGAGGCUCCGUAUGGAGGACGAGAACGAGAAACAGGAGCGCCUGCUAAUGAGUCUGUUGCCCAGGAACGUAGCUAUGGAGAUGAAAGAGGAUUUCCUGAAGCCCCCAGAAAGGAUCUUUCACAAAAUCUACAUCCAGCGCCAUGACAAUGUCAGCAUCCUGUUUGCAGAUAUAGUCGGUUUCACCAGCCUGGCCUCCCAGUGCACGGCCCAGGAACUGGUUAAACUGCUAAAUGAGCUGUUUGGAAAGUUUGAUGAGCUCGCCACGGAGAAUCACUGUCGAAGGAUCAAGAUCUUGGGGGAUUGCUACUACUGUGUGUCUGGACUGACCCAACCCAAGACAGACCAUGCACACUGCUGCGUAGAGAUGGGUCUGGACAUGAUUGACACCAUAACGUCAGUAGCAGAGGCCACAGAGGUCAACCUGAACAUGCGCGUGGGCUUGCAUACGGGUCGGGUGCUGUGUGGGGUGCUGGGCCUCAGGAAAUGGCAAUAUGAUGUGUGGUCCAAUGACGUGACCCUUGCCAAUGUGAUGGAGGCUGGAGGACUACCUGGGAAAGUUCACAUCACCAGAUCUACGCUCGAGUGCCUAAACGGAGACUAUGAGGUGGAGCCUGGAAACGGUCAUGAAAGGAACGCCUUCCUCCAAAAACACGAAAUAGAAACCUUCUUUAUAGUGCCAUCUCACCGACGGAAGAUAUUCCCAGGAUUGAUUCUUUCGGAUAUAAAGCCCGCCAAAAAGAUGAAGUUCAAAACUGUGUGCUACUUACUAGUCCAGCUUAUGCACUGCAGGAAGAUGUUCAAGGCUGAGAUUCCCUUCUCCAAUGUCAUGAACUGCGAGGACGGUGAUAAGCGGAGAGCCAUGCGAACGGCUCCACAGAAACUGAGGAACCGUCCCAACGCUAACCAGGCCACCGUAAUCCAGAGCAGCCCCAGAACCCGGGUCAACCGCUACAUCGGUCGGCUAAUCGAGGCCCGCCAGACCGAGUCGGACACGGCAGACCUCAACUUCCUCACGCUCAUGUAUAAGUGCUCUGAGCGCGAGCAGAGGUACCACCAGGUUCCUGAUGAGUACUUCACCAGCGCAGUGGUCCUCUCCCUGAUCCUUGCUGCCUUGUUUGGCCUUGUGUAUCUUCUCAUCAUACCACAGGGCACAGUGGUUCUAGUCCUUCUCGUCUUCUGCAUCUGUUUCCUAGUGGCUUGUAUCAUGUACCUGCAUAUCACUAGAAUACAGUGUUUUCCAGGGUGCCUGACCAUUCAGAUCCGCACUGCUCUCUGUAUUCUCAUAGUGCUCUUAAUCUACGCUGUGGCCCAGGCCUGUGUGGUGGGCUGCAUGCCCUGGCUGUGGGGAAGUGCCAACACAAACAGCUCCAUCGUCAUUAUUGAUGUGGACAGCGGCGCCAACCACACCAUGGCAGAGCUUCCCUGCGACGGCGCCCGCUACGCCUUUCUGUCCUGUGUGGUGGGCACGCUCACCCUGGCGCUCUUCCUGCGCAUCUCCUGGCUGCCAAAGAUGGCGCUAAUGCUUCUUCUGGGGGUGCUGUAUGUCACCGUGCUGGAGCUCAGUGGCUUUCGCAAGACUGCAGGUGGGGGGUCCUUCCACGUCCGGGGCUACGAGCCCAUCCUGUCUCUGUUGCUCUUCGUCAGUGCCCUGGCCCUGCACUCCAGGCAACUUGACCUCAAACUGCGCUUGGACUUCCUCUGGGCUGUGCAGGCGGAAGAGGAAAGGGACGGCAUGGAGAAAGUAAAGCUGGACAACAGGAGGAUCCUCUUCAAUCUCCUGCCUGCACACGUGGCUCAACACUUCUUAAUGUCAAACCCCAGAAACAUGGUGAGCCACGCUAAUACACAGGCAGGCAGACAAACAGACAAACAGGAUCUGUACUAUCAGUCCUACGCACAAGUCGGCGUCCUGUUUGCCUCCAUCCCAAACUUUAAUGAUUUCUACAUCGAGCUGGACGGCAACAACAUGGGAGUGGAGUGCCUGAGACUGCUGAAUGAGAUCAUAGCUGACUUUGAUGAGCUCAUGGAUAAAGAGUGCUACAAAGACAUAGAGAAGAUCAAAACCAUUGGAAGUACGUACAUGGCAGCUGUGGGACUCGUCCCCACCAUCGGCACCAAGGCCAAAAAGUCCGUUUACGACCACCUGAGCACAAUAGCAGACUACGCCAUCGAAAUGUUUGACGUUUUGGAUGAAAUCAACUACCAGUCGUACAACGAGUUUGUCCUGAGAGUGGGUAUCAAUGUGGGUCCAGUGGUUGCUGGCGUGAUCGGGGCGCGGCGACCUCAGUAUGACAUCUGGGGAAACACAGUGAAUGUGGCCAGUCGCAUGGACAGCACUGGAGUACCCGGAAAAAUACAGGUGACUGAGGAGGUUUAUCGGCUUCUGAACACAAACUACGACCUGGUCUGCCGCGGCAAGGUCAGCGUCAAAGGUAAAGGUGAGAUGCUGACCUACUUCCUGGAAGGGAAGGUCCAAGGCGUGGGCACCGUGACCACUUCCUCCGUGAUGCGUUCUGUCAGCCUGGCGCGCCGGAUCCACUCUUGCGGCAAGACCAGCGUCCCGGCCAAUCUGGGCAGCGUCUCCUCUGGUGCCAGCCUGACUGCUCAUGCCAGCAUGGGCAGCAACAUUCAGAUGAGCGCUGCCAACAGCAGCAACAGCCCGGCGACAUGCCUGCCCUCGUCCUUCGUGCCCGUGGUGGGUGAGGAGGACGAGGAGGAGGACAUAGAGAUGACAAAGAUCGAAAUUGAGGCCGUGGCAGCUGUUGCAGACGUAGCGGUGUAGGAAGAAAGACUGUUAUUUAAAACACAGUGAGAAAACCGAGGUAGGACGCCAAGAGGAGUCAGAGGAAGGCGUCCAGGUAUCUUCUGUGAAUCCUGAGCUACUGGCGCAACCCAAGAUAUGCUCUAUUCAGGAUAUGAACAUCCAGAGAUAUGAAGUGUUUCGGACAAUCAUACUUGCUUUUAGAGAUUUUUAACCGCGCGAAGAGACAGGUUCCCGGAAAUCCUCUUUUAACAUCUAUAACAGAUGAUUAGAUUUGUGGUUUGUUCUUGGGUUCCCUCAGAUCCAGGUAUUAUGUGCAUCUUUGUUUUAUAUGUAGCACAUGCUCCAUGUAUCGGGGAUGUGUGCAUUGAUCUUUCUGAUUAUGCCAAGGAUACAUUGCAUUAUUUACGUCGUAAAAACAGUGAUGUUUCUUUCCGGUGUAUGUAAGCAUGCAUGUGUGUACUUGUGGGCGUGUGUAUGCAUGUGUGGUCAACAAAACGGCACAAAGUCAUUUUUUUUAUACGCGGCGCUCACUGGAUGAAGUAGGCUUUUUAUGAUGCAUAUUUACAGCUAAUAGUGCAUGACUUUAUAAGAGUUGACAGCCAUAGUAAUGAUGCUCCUAAAGAAAGAAAACCAAAGUAUUAAGUUAUCCAUACAGCUUGAUUUUUGCUACUUAUAUUGCCUCGCCAUACAAGAGAAAAGUGUUGCAGUAUACUGCUCAUAUUUAGCAUAUCUUUAGCCUAAUAGCAUAAUUGCCUUAAAGCCAUAAUUGAAUGUUUUCGGACAGCAAGGAAAAACACAAUUUUUAGGAAGCACGUUGGUAUUUUUAUUGACAUUGUAGUAGUCAAUAAAAAAAUGACUUAGGGUUAGGGUUACAGUUAGGGUUAAGGUUGGCAAUUAUGCUAUCAAGCUAAAUCGAAAUAUCUGACUUUGGCCAUAUAUCACCCAUAGGCUGAAAAAAGGUUGAAGACGCAAAUAAGGUUUCCUGAAUACCUGAUGUUCUUACAUCGCCCAGAUUCACGGCAGUUUAAAGUAAUGCAAAGAAUACACAAAACUAGUGGCAGCUUUGACAGUGAGGAGUCAAUAACACUCAAUAAAAGGGAAAGGUGUGUGCCGCUAUGGAAACUGCCAAAACUGGACCAAUCACAAAGUAUUAAAGAACAACACAAAGAACACAUCCAAAUGAGAUAAAGAUGGCGUUCAUCCACACAGGCAAGGGUACAUGCAUACUAUUAAUUAUGAUAACAAUAAUAAUAAUAAUAAAAAAGCACAAAACUUCCACAAAUGCAUGUCCUUUAGGUGUUUAUAAUGCUCCAUGUACUGUAUAUUCAGACUUUAUGUUGAAGCCACAGAAUUUUCGGUGCCCUGUCCGGCUGCCAUCAUCCUUCAGGCAUAGACUGUACAUUACUGCAUUUCCUCAUAUCGAAGCUACACUUUGAGUUGUCCUCAGACGUUAGAAGCUUUAGCCCACUCUCUCGGUUACAGUCUCAGAAAUAUAUAUAUAUAUAUAGAGUAUAUGCUUAUAUCUUUAUAGCCCGUAUCUUUAUCAGCGCGUAGAACUUUAACUCGAUCUGCAAAAGUGUAAAUACAUCAUGUCUUUGCCUUACUCAAUAAGCUUACAGUGAUUGCAACCUGCCUUUUUAGAUAUAUUCACUUUGAUAUGCAGAUCAUACUUUUUUUGUAAAUAGCCAAAAGCUGUAAACUAUGUUGUAUCUUGUACAGUGUAAAGUUGGGUUAUUGAAUAUUUUGUAAUAAAGACAAUAUUGGUGUAUAAAAUA